GCAAAUAGUACAGAAUCAAAUAGUUCAAUUUAAGCCAAUAUAAAUAACAUUAGGAAGAGUUGGAUGUAAAUAAAAUAGCAUUGAGAUAUUGGUUUAUAAGUAUUAUUAUGACUACAUUCUUACUUCCUUUGGCUUCAUUUCGAUCAUUAGUUCCACCAACUAUUUUAUUUGGUCUUGCACCUCAUUAUUUUUUAAUAAAUUCAUCAGCUCAAAUAUUAAAAUUGUUUCUUCCACCUACAGUCAAUGAAAAAAUUGACGAAUUUAUAUAUCAUACAUAUCAGUCUCUUGUUACAUACUUUUUUUCUACAUUUAUUGGAUCAAAGAUAAUUUUUUAUGGCGAUUCAGUUAUUGGAAAUACAAAAGAAAAUGUGCUUUACAUUAGUAACCACCAGUCUGCCAUUGAUUGGUCAUUGGUAAAUUUUAUCAGCAUUCAUUGUGGUAGUAUGGGACAAAUAAGAUAUAUACUGAAGAAUUUACUAAAAUACUUGCCAUUUUAUGGUAUUUACUUUAUGCAGCAUGGAUGUGUAUUUGUUCAAACAAAAGGAAGAGUUAAUGAUGAAGAUGACUUACGAAGGAGACUUCAAAAGUUCAAGAAAGACAGAGUAAAUGGAUACUGGUUGGUAAUAUUUCCAGAAGGGACAAGGUUUAGUGAAAAUAAAACUCACUUGGUAGAAAAAAGUUCACAAUUAGCAAAGCAAGCAGGAAUAACACCGUUUGACAAUGUAUUAUUUCCAAGAACUAAAGGUGUUGAGCUUUGUAUUGAAGAAUUGACAAAUUUGGAUGCGAUAUAUGAUAUUACUCUAGGAUUUAAAACUCCUUGGCUUGGUGUUGAAGUUAAAAAAGAGGGGCCUAGUUUGUUAGAAUUCGUUUCUGUAUAUGGUCGUGAGAUUCACAUUGACUUUCAAAGAAUAGACAUAGUUGAUGUUCCAAAGAUAAUUUUGAAUGCAGAACUGGAACUCAACCAAUUGCAGAAUGGUCAUCAACCUCGAAGAAGACAAAGAAGAGAGAGAGUUCGAUCUUUUGAAAGAUUACAAAGUUAUGAAGAAAAGCUUUUCACAGGAGAGUGGACUCCAACAAAGACUCCAACAAAGUUUCUUGAGGCUUCAGCUUUCUACUUUAAUGACAUCAAACUCACACCAGAGGGAGAUACAGAACAAGAGCAGGACGAAAAUCCACAAGAGAAUUUUCAGGAUCAUCAACAAGAGACCAGGCCUAUGGAGACAUUGUGCAAGAUAUGUCUUGCACUUCCUUUAGAAGUUGUUGUUCUGCCGUGUAGACACUUUUAUAUGUGUCUUCAGUGUUCAGAUAACCUUGCAAAUGGCGGAAACAAAAGAUGUCCAAUUUGUCGUUCAAAAAUUGAAAACUUUUUAAAUGUUUUUGUGUCUUAAUUGAAGGAAUUGUUUGAUUAUUUCCAGUGGAGUAGCGAAGAGUUUUGAAAAUUUUAAAAGUUACUUUAUUAUUAAAUAGACGGAUAAAUAGGUUUA